AUGUCGCAACAUGUUGAUGAUGAUAGAAAACAAAUUUUUCAAAUUCCUGCUGAACAAUUAUCUCGUCAAGUGCUCCGAGGAGAAUUAACAUCACUGAAAUUGAUUGAAUAUUUCAUCUCACGAAUUGAGAAAACCAACAAACUUUUAAAUGCUGUUUGUAUUCCACUCUUUGAAGAGGCCAGAGAAGAGGCAUUGAAAUUGGAUAAGUGGUUAUCUGAGGAGAGACCUACGGAUCAAGAUGAAAAUUUAAUGAGUGAAUGGAUUGAGAAGAUUCUCUGUGAAAAACCCUUAUUUUCAAUUCCUGUUACCAUUAAAGAGUCUAUUCAUGUUAAAGGAACUCAAUGUACAAUGGGUUUAAGCAGUAGAGUGGGUAUUCUCGCUCAGGAUGAUGGAAUUCUUGUGAAGAGAUUAAAGAAUGCUGGAGCCAUCGUUUUGGGAAAGACAAAUGUUGCAUUAAUGUUGGCUGCUGAUGAUUCUGAUAAUCCAGUUUAUGGAAGAACCAAUAAUCCAUUCGAUUUGACACGUACCUCUGGUGGAAGUAGUGGUGGAGAAGGAGCAAUUAUUGGAGCUGGAGGAUCAAUAUUGGGAAUUGGAUCAGAUAUUGGAGGAUCUAUUAGAUUGCCUUCAUCACAUUGUGGAAUAUUUGGAUUGAAACCAACAAGUGGAAGAUUAACAUUGAGUGGACAUGCUGAGCUGUAUAGAGGAAUGGAAGCUAUCAUGUCACAAAUGGGUCCUAUGGGACGAUCUACAAGUAACUUGAUUACUGCCAUGAAAGUUUUAACAAGAUAUGAAUACGAUGAUUAUUCUAGUGGAUUUUCACAUGAAUCUAUCAAGCAUCCACCUGUAGAGUUGAGAGAUCCAUACAAGAUUGAUAUUUCCAAGUUGAGAAUUGCACUUUUCAAAGACAAUGGAAUACUCACUGUUCCAAAAUCAGUUAAAAGAGGUCUUGAUGAGGCAGCUCAAACAUUGAGAAAACUUGGAGCUCACGUCGAAGAAAUUGAACUUCCAAAAGAAAUGAAAACAUUUGAGAAUUGGAGGAGCUAUGUUCAUUUCUUAAUGGGAGAUGGAAUGAGCUGUUAUAGAAAGGAAAUAGCUGGAAGUAAAUUAACACCAAUGGCCAAGAGUAUCAAAUAUGUAUCCUUGUUACCGAAAUGGUUUGUUGGAGUGUUGGGAACUGUGGUUUCAUGGUUGGGUCAAACAAUUUUAGCCAAAUCAAUGGAUAGUUUCCUUCCUAUUACUGUUUCAGAAUUGUGGGGACAUGUAGCUAACAGAGAUGAUUUCAGAAGAUCAUUCUUCGAGUUGCUUGAUAAGGGAAGAUAUGAUGCUGUUUUGUGCCCUGCAAGCUCUGUCAAUUGUAAACAUGAGAAUGUGCCAGAUGUUGUUUUGAACAUGACAUAUGUACAUCUUUUCAAUUACCUUGGACUCCCGGCUGGUGUUUGUCCUAUAACCAGAGUUUCAGAAUCAGAACAAGAAGAAAAUCACAUUUCCUGCCCUCUCUCUAAAAACCCAAAUGAACUCCCACUUAAGAUUUGUAAUCAAAACUUUAAGAAUAGUAAGGGGUUACCAGUUUGCAUUCAAGUUGCUGGUCGUUAUUGGAGAGAGGAUGUUGUACUUGCGAUUAUGAAUGCUCUUGAACAAGAACUCAAAGCAAAUGAGGACUUCCCGUUAAAUUAUGAUUUUGUAAAGGAGCAAGUAACUGACAAGUAA